AUGGUUGAAGACUCCAAGGUUAGAGAUGCGCUAAAAAACGGCGAAAAGAAAGUUUUACCUGCUUCUUUGGUUCCACAGGCCCCUCCUGUGUUGACUUCUAAGGACAAAACCACAAAGAGACUUAUUGUGGUACUUUCUCAAGCGUCUUUGGAAACUUAUAAAAUAUCAUCCAGUGGUCCAGGCGGAGAUAAAUAUGUCUUACUAAACUGUGACGACCAUCAAGGGUUAUUGAAGAAGAUGGGCAGAGAUAUAAGUGAAGCGAGACCGGACAUCACUCAUCAGUGUCUCCUAACGCUACUCGAUUCGCCUGUAAAUAAGGCAGGAAAACUCCAAGUUUACAUUCAAACCAGUCGAGGUGUCCUUAUUGAGUUGAACCCAACUGUACGAAUUCCAAGAACUUUCAAGCGUUUCUCUGGAUUGAUGGUCCAACUAUUGCAUAAACUAUCCAUCAGAUCGGUCAACUCAGAAGAAAAACUUUUGAAGGUUAUCAAGAACCCAAUUUCUGAUCAUUUGCCAACCAAAUGUAGAAAAGUCACUUUGUCUUUCGAUGCUCCAGUUAUCAGAGUGCAGGACUAUGUUGAGAAAUUAGAUGAGGACGAAAGUAUAUGUGUUUUUGUUGGUGCCAUGGCUAGAGGUAAGGAUAACUUUGCUGACGAAUUUGUCGAUGAAAAGAUUGGUUUGUCAAACUACCCAUUGUCAGCCUCUGUUGCGUGCUCCAAGUUUUGUCAUGGUUGCGAAGAUGUUUGGAACAUCAUGUAG